UUUGUUUGGUUGGAUGCUGUGGGUAGUUGAUUGUUGUGGGCUGUACUUGCAAGACACACCUUUUCAAGACAGCCCCGUGUGCAGAUCCGGGUGGAGACGAGAAGCCUGUGUGAAAACAGACUCGGUCGCAAGCUCAAAGCAGGAGAGCAGAUGGCCUCUGCAAAUGACACCAAGCCAGCGCCGAAAGAUGCUGCGGACCAGAACUUCGACUACAUGUUUAAGUUGCUCAUCAUCGGCAACAGCAGUGUAGGCAAGACCUCGUUUCUCUUCCGCUACGCUGAUGACUCCUUCACGUCUGCCUUCGUCAGCACCGUGGGCAUCGACUUCAAGGUGAAGACCGUCUACCGGAACGAGAAGAGGGUGAAGCUUCAGAUAUGGGACACGGCAGGACAGGAGCGUUACCGCACCAUCACCACGGCCUACUACCGCGGAGCCAUGGGAUUCCUACUUAUGUACGACAUCACCAACCAAGACUCCUUUGGUGCGGUACAUGACUGGGCUACACAGAUCAAAACAUACUCAUGGGAUAACACCCAGGUGAUUCUAGUUGGCAAUAAAUCUGACUUGGAAGACAACCGUGUGAUCCCCACAGAAGAAGGAAAGCGACUGGCUGAUGAAUUAGGCUUUGGGUUUUUCGAGACGAGUGCCAAGGAGAACAUCAACGUGAAGCAGGUCUUUGAGCGGCUGGUGGACAUCAUCUGCGUGAAGAUGUCCGAGAACCUGGACGUUGACCCCACCUUGCUGAAUAACAAGAAUACCACCCUCGCCGAGAACAACAGACCCCAGGAAAGCAGCUGUGCAUGUUAGGGUGCUUCACCCCUAGCCUCUGGCCCAAAUCACCCACCACAGAUGGCAACGGGGUUA